AGACUCAGCCUUAAUGGAGAACGUUCCAGUGCCUGAGCUCUGGGAUCUUCAGCUGGAGAACGAAGGGGAAGGAUGGUGAGGCGCCUGGUCCCCCGUCUGCCUGCCCUCCCUGUCUGCCUCGCCGUGGUCCAGCUGCUCAGCCCCUGCUCAGCCCAGUUUGCUGUGGUUGGACCCCCCGAGCCCAUCCAGGCCAUGGUGGGUGAAGACGCUGAGCUGCCCUGUCACCUGUCCCCGGAGAUGAGCGCUGAGACCAUGGAGCUGAUGUGGGAGCGAUCCAGCCCCAGGCAGGUAGUGCACACGUACGCACACGGGCAGGAGGACACACCGGCAGCAGAGUAUCGAGGGAGAACUUCGAUUUUAAAAGAGGACAUCACAGAGGGGAAGGCUGCUCUCUGGAUUCGAGACCUCAGAGCCUCUGACAGUGGAAACUACCUGUGUUAUUUCCAAGAUGGAGACUUGUAUGCAAAAGCCCAGGUGGAGCUGAAGGUUGCAGCACUAGGCUCUGAUCCCCACGUUGAAAUGAAGGAUCAUGAGGCUGGAGGGAUCCGUGUGGAGUGCACGUCUGCCGGCUGGUACCCACAGCCCCAGAUCCAGUGGAGAGACGCCAGGGGACACAGCUUGUCUGCUGAGGCAGCACCUAAAGCUGCAGACCCCCAGGGCCUUUAUGCAGCCUCAGCCUCUGUGAUUCUGGAAGGUGGCUCUGGGGAGGGGGUGUCCUGUGUCAUCAGAAACCCCCUGCUCAGCCAGGAGAAGUCAGCCAUGGUUUCCAUCGCAGGCCCCUUCUUCCGGAGCGCGCAGCCCUGGGUGGCGGCCUUCGCGGUGACCCUGCUGGUUCUGCUGGUGACCCUGGCGGGGGCAGGGAGUUUCCUUUGGAGACAGCAGAGGAAGACCGAGGUUCUGCGGCAGGAGAAGACGAGGGAGCAAAGAAACAACGAAAGGCUGCAGGACGAACUCAGGUGGAGAAGGUUCCAGUACGGACCACGUGAGGAGCGGUCUCAGGCCUAUGCAGCGUGGAAGAAGGCCCUCUUCCAGCCUGCAGAUGUGUUUCUGGAUCCAGACUCUGCACACCCCGACCUCCUGGUUUCUGAGAGCAAGAGGAGCCUGCAGCGGGUGGAAACACAGCAGAACCUGCCAGAAAACCCCAACAGAUUUUGCAGGAAUGAGUGUGUGCUGGGCUGUGAGAGCUUCACGUCAGGGAGACACUUCUGGGAGGUGGAGGUGGGGGACAGGGCACAGUGGCAAGUAGGGGUGUGCAGGGAGAGUGUGGAGAGAAAAAACUGGGUUAAAAUUAACCCAGAGAAUGGGUUCUGGGUCAUGGGGCGGUAUCUGGGGAAUUACUACCGAGCUCUCACAUAUCCCCGGACCAAACUGACCAUUGUCCACACUCCUGAGAGGGUGGGGGUUUUCCUGGACUGUGAGCUGGGGGAGGUCUCGUUCUACAAUGCCACCAACGGGUCUCACAUCUUCACCUUCCCAGACAUCCAUUUCUCUGGGCCUCUGAGGCCUGUUUUCAGGAUCUUAGGAAAGGAUCCCACCACCUUGACCAUUUGCCCAGCGCAGGAAGCAGUGAGGAGGUCCCUUGUGCCUGACCCAGGGCCUGACCCUUCCCUGGAGACCCCAGUGGCCCCAGGCUCUGCUGAUGGGAAUGGGGACCCUCAG